AUGGAUGUCGACAAAAUGUUUAAACUCCCUUCUUUGCCCGCUUCAGCGGGUCAAAAGAGGAAGAUGCCUGAUGCUCCCACUCCUGAAAUGCUCAAGAAGUAUAAACCAGCUGAAGCUGAACCAUCUCCCGAACCUCAACCUCUUCCUACGAAUGGAAAGGGGAAAGGUAAAGCUGCAACUGUUGAAGAGGAUGACGACGAAUAUGGCAACGAGGCCGACAGAGACAUAUACGAUGGAAAUGAGGAUGAUGAAGGAAGAUUCUUUGGUGGAGGCUUGAAUAAUGAACAACAACAAAUCCUUGAUAUCUUUGAUCAAGCGGGAGAUGAAGAAGAUGGACCUACACUUGAUUUACCCGGACUCAGAAGACAAUUAGGGAAAUUCGAAAGGAUAGUGACUAAGAAUGCUGAAAUGAGAGGAAAGUUUCCUGAUGAUCCUUCAAAAUUUAUCAAUUCCGAAUCAGAUUUAGAUGAAGCAUUAAAACAAUUCUUACCAUUAACACAAAAUCCCCCACUGUAUUUUCCUGAAUUAGUUAAAUCUGGUGUCGUCGCCUUACUUACUAAUUUGCUGUCACAUGAGAAUACGGAUAUAGCAGUUGACGUCGUUGAAGUGAUAAGAGAAUUGACGGAUGAAGAUGUCGGUGCUGAAGUUGAUGAUCUAGAAGAAGAAGAAGAUGAAAACGAAGCUGGUGGAAGUGGGAAAGCAUAUAGAACAAGAUUAGCCAUGGGGGAAUUCAUCGAUGAGUCGCUCAAUAAUUCUCUUCUGGAUUUAUUGGUUUCAAAUUUAUCAAGAUUGGAUGAAGAUGAAGAAACUGAUUCUCAAGGUGUUUUCCAAAUUCUCGGUGUCUUUGAAAAUUUACUUUCUUUCAUGCCUCCGUUAUCGGAACAAAUAGUUUCCGAAACGAAUCUCUUGCCUUGGUUAUUGAAGAGGAUACAAAAGAAAGAAUACGAAUCAAACAAGCAAUACGCAAGUGAAAUUCUCGCUAUCCUCUUACAAGAUAACAGAGAUAUUAUCCUCAAGUUGGGAGAAUUGGAUGGAAUGGAUACGCUACUACAAGCACUUUCACAAUACCGUAAGAAAGAUCCUGGAGAUAGUGAAGAGAUUGAAUAUAUGGAAAAUAUCUUUGAUGUCCUUUGCUCUGUAUUGAGUCAACCCGAAAUGAAGAAGGCUUUCGUGGAUAGCGAAGGUGUCGAAUUGAUGGUCUUGAUGAUGAAGGAGAAACUGCUCGCAAAGACUAGAGCCAUCAAAGUGCUCGAUUAUGCAUUACAAACGGAAGAUGGGUCGGAAGGAUGUGAAAAGUUCGUACAAGCUCUGGGCUUGAAGACCUUCUUCACCGCAUUCAUGGGCAAGGGCGAAGGCAAGAAGAAGAAGCUUAAUGCCACCUCAUCUUUCGAAGAUGAAGAGCAUUUGUUGGGAAUACUAGUUUCAUUGUUCACGAAUCUGGGCUCAGAUACACCGGAAAGAAUACGACUGAUUGCUAAAUUCGUUGAAAGCGGAUAUGAGAAAGUGGACAGGCUACUAGAGAUGCGUGAAGUUGCCGAAGGGAAAUUGAAGGGUGUUGAAAAAGAUAUUAUUAUGGAGAGGAGGGUGAUGGAAUCUAACAAAGAAGAAAUAACGGAAAUCGAGGAAAGUGAAUGGUAUUUACGUAGAAUGGAUGCUGGUUUAUCAUCACUACAAAAUGCAGAUUACAUUCUCGCGUGGGUGUGUAUGGAGGAUGAUGGGGCAAUGACUCAUGCUCGAUUAUUGCUUUCACGAAAAGACCAAUCGUUCAAGAAUGUCAUUGCUGUUCUCACAGAAUUUAAAGAUAAUGUUGGAGACGAUGAAGAGGAAGAUGAAGAACCUAAUGUGCAGAAGAUGAUUUUGGAGCAGUUGAUAGCCUUUGUCGAAGGAUUGGAUUAA